UCCUGACUUGCAGAACACCAAAAGCCUUAAUCAGUCAAUCUUCAUCCGUAUUACCAUCGGACACCUCGGAAAACCCGUAAACCCUUUCGUUCCGACCCGGAUACAGGGUUUUCCGAUGGGUCUCUCCGGCUCUGAGCCCGAUUCUGAUACCUCUCGUCUCCUCAACAGUCGCGAAACCCCGCCCAACAAGAUCCCUGAAGACAAGUGGCAUUUAGCCUACAUCAUCUACUUCAUCAUCGGCCUCGGCUACCUUCUUCCAUGGAACGCCUUCAUCACCGCCGUCGAUUACUUCUCCUACCUCUACCCUGAAACCAGCGUUGACCGCAUCUUUGCCGUCGUUUACAUGCUCGUCGGUCUUGUCUCCCUCUUCAUCAUUAUCCUCUAUAGCCACAGAUCCCAUGUCUACGUGCGAAUUAACGUCGGUCUGGGCCUGCUUACGUUGGCCUUGCUCAUAGUUCCCAUAAUCGAUGCAGUCUACAUUAAGGGUCGGGUCGGGUUGUAUGAUGGGUUCUAUGUGACGGUUGCAGCUGUUGGGCUUUCGGGUUUAGGUGACGCUCUGGUUCAAGGUGGAAUCGUUGGGUCUGCUGGUGAGUUGCCGGAUAGGUACAUGCAAGCUACCAUUGCAGGCACUGCUGCUUCUGGUGUACUUAUUUCUUUCCUGAGAAUAUUCACGAAAGCUGUUUACUCUCAAGAUGCUGCUGGCCUGCGAAAGAGUGCAAACCUCUACUUUUCUGUAGCAAUUGUAGUUAUGUUCAUAUGCACGGUCUUGUACAAUGUAGCGCACAAGCUUCCUGUUAUGAGGUACUAUAAUGAACUCAAGGUUCUGGCUGUCACUGAAGAUGAAGAAGUUCAAGGUCCUCUGACUAGUUCUGUUUGGAGGGCAACUCUAUGGGAUAUUGUGGGAAGAGUGAAAUGGUAUGGAUUUGGCAUUCUUCUUGUAUAUAUUGUGACUCUUGCCAUAUUUCCUGGGUACAUUACGGAGGAUGUGAGCUCUCGACUUCUUAAAAAUUGGUAUCCGAUUCUCCUUAUUACAUGCUACAAUGUGUUCGAUCUUGUUGGCAAGAGUUUAACUGCAGUGUAUCUCCUAGAGAAUCCGAAAAUUGCAGUAGGAAGUUGCAUUGCAAGAUUGAUAUUUUUCCCUCUCUUCCUCAUGUGCUUGCAUGGUCCCAAAAUUUUCCGAACAGAGAUUCCUGUGACGAUACUGACUGGGCUGUUAGGGCUUACUAAUGGGUACCUAACCAGUGUAUUGAUGAUAUUGGCACCUAACGUCGUGAAGUUGCAGCAUGCAGAGGCUGCAGGCACUGUGAUGGUACUAUUCCUGGUUGUUGGUCUGGCUGCUGGGUCUGUUGUAGCUUGGUUCUGGGUCAUUUGAUCCAUCAGUUUGUAUGGAUUUGUGGCUUCCAGCAAUUAUAAGACAGAACUGGUUUACAUGUUCUGUUUGAUGUAAUCUGUAAAUUACUUCGCAAUGAAGUGUUGAUGUUUCACUGCUGUUAAUGCAUCCUUAAUCAACGUUAUUUGAUGCAAUUUGUAAAUUAUGUCAAUUCAAUGAAGUUAUUGCUGUUUCGCUACUGUUA